AUGUCGCAGCAACUCCUUGUCAUCACUGGCGUCUCUGGCCAUGUGGGCUUUCGCGUGCUUGUGGAGGCUCUCGCCCGCGGGUAUUCUGUUCGCGCCAUCAUACGAAAAGCCGAACAAGCUGAACACAUCAAGAACGCCAAGUCUGUCCAACCCCACCUGAAGCAGUUGGAUAUAUCUGUCAUUCCCGAUUUACUGGCUCCGGGAGCAUUUGACGGGGCUCUCGAUGGAGCAAGUGGAGUGGUCCACGUUGCCUCCCCGUUGCCUGUUUUCAGCGAUAAUCUUAGGCGUGAUUUGAUCGAUCCGGCCAUCGUGGCGACGUUGAGGGUUCUUGAGUCGGCUGCGAAUGUACCGUCGAUCAAACGAGUCGUCAUUACAUCUUCGGUUGCAGCCCUUCUCUCAUGGGAGUACGUGAUGUCGCAUGAUGUUACCACGACUUUCACCGCUCGAGACACCUAUGACCCCCCGGGACCCGAUAGCGUGUUCGAAUCACCAUUCCAGGCUUAUGGCGCUUCGAAAGCGUUGGCAUUCAAGGCAACCGAGCGGUUCGUUGCGGAGAAAAAGCCCUCGUUCGAUGUCAUCAAUAUCAUGCCGAGCAUGGUUAUCGGGAAAAAUGAGCUGAAUGCAACCAAGGAAGCGGUCGCAAGCGGCACGAACAACAACAUCAUGGCCCCGUUGCUGGGAAUCGAUACCCCAUCGCCAGUGCUCGGCGUUUCCGUUCAUGUCGACGAUGUCGCAAAGGCGCAUAUCGACGCUCUUCGACCUGAUGUCCCAGGCAACCGGAACUUCAUCUGUUCUUCGGGUGGGCUACAGGGCACCGAGUGGAAUAGCGUCAAAUCCGUCGCUGCGCAGCUUUUCAAGAAGGAAGUGUCUGACGGCAUUCUGCCAUCGAACGGGUCCAUCCCUACGAGGCCCAUUCGCUUGGAUGCAUCAGACACGGAGGAGGUCUUUGGCUGGAAGUUUCAAGGCUUCGAGGAACAGGUGAAGAGUGUGGUCCAGCACUACCUCGAGCUACUGGAAGCUGAAGAGUCACGUCUGUAA